AUGAUGAUUAAAGACAAGAAGAAAAAGGAUCUACUGUUCCUCAUCUUCAUCUAUGUUAUGUUUGCAGUCACCUCGGAUACCCUUCUCGUCAAUUCACAAGUAACUAUCAAUGAAAACGAAGGUAAGAUAAUCUCUAGAGCUAUCUAUACACAUGGACGAGCUAUAGGAAAGGAUUUACCAUCUCUUACCUUUAUGAUCAAACAAUAUGGAGUAAGUUGGACGUUGGUUGGUAAUGUUCUAUCAAAUUACCGAAAAAAUGAUAUCAAAGUUGUCAAUGGAUCGUUUACUCUUCUAUCAUUUCUAGUGUUGAAUACACAACAAUUUAACGACUCUGGAUUACCAGAUCAAUCUCUUUCAUCACUCUAUUUUCCAAAUUUGACUUCUCUCGUAAUCAGCUCGCUUCAAAAAGAUGGUAGUAUCAACAUUCUCUACAUGGUUAGGAAUCUAUCCAACCUCAAAACACUCGCCGUCAGGGGCCUAAGUAUUCCCUAUAUUCCCGAUGGUUUCCCAUUCACUUUAAACAAACUCACCGAAUUGUAUAUGGUACUAUGGUCCCGCUUUACCCAAGAAUAUAAAUUCAUUAUAUUAUCCUCAACUGACUGUUUUCUACGUACUAAUUCUUUCAACCAAUCAAAUGAUAGGAUGAUAGGUCAGUACAUCGAACCUGUGCCAGAUGGUUUGGGAGAGGGUCUAAUGAUAGAUGUGACUCUGGCUCAUUUAAGCUCCUAUUUCCCGUCGACUAGAUAUAUCCAUCGGUUACCAAACUCUUUAUGUGGCGCAAUCUAUUUAUCAGAUGAUUGGCCAGCCGACAACAAGACCCAAUAUGCAGCCGAUUGUUUCAAAUGCUUUGGAGCCCAGAUUUCUCCAUAUAAGCCUUAUGGUGGGUACGAAUAUAAGCUUGGAGGAUACAAUUAUCCUUGUGAUAUCAGGGUAACAUCAUUAUACUAUAAGACAAAUGAUACAGUUAUUAUCAAUGGUAAUAAUCUUCAAUCGUCUUUUCAGCGUGAUACUCCAUCGGUCAAUGGAGUGUCCAAUUUCAUCCUCAACAACCAAAUUUUAGAAUACAAAAGAGUUGAUUUAAAUGCAAUACAAGAUCGAGUGGUGUUGGGGUAUGGUGAAAAAAUAACGGUUUCCAUUCCAGUAUUAUUCACUCGAAUUAAUCUAGGCAGUUUUAUAACAAUCGAUCAACAACCUUUUGGAAUCAAUAUAUCAAUCAAUCUAAAUUAUAAUAUCAAUAUUCCCCAUACUAUGUUUUUAAAUGGUGUUGCUUGUAGAAAAGAUAGUGCUAUCUAUAUCAAAGAUAGAUUAACAUGUUUCUUUCCACUUCAAAUAUCAUCACAAUCAACUUUAUUGAAUUAUAAUAUUGCCAAUAUCAGAAAUAAUGAAAUAUAUCAAUCCAAUUUUACAAGACGUAUGUUAUGUUAA